AAUAUGCGCCUACCAAACGAACCGAAACCAGCGGACUUUGCCCGUAGCAGCAGCCUCCUUGGAAGCCUUCGUCGACGUCUAUCGGACGCCGUGAGUGGAGCGGGCACUUUAAGAGCAUCGGCCUCCGGUGCACCACAGCAAAGCCCGAUGGAUGCGAACGGUGAUGCGGCGGGCGGACAGCAGGGCACGAUCGAGGUACAACCGGUGGUAAUCCGCAAGACACCGAAAUUUCCAUCCCGCGAGCGGCAUCUAGCGAUCAGGCGUAAGAAUCGUGUACCACCGGUGGCGGAGUUGGUCGAGCUGGCGCCUUCCUGUCCCGGUUCACCGCUGUCCGUUACGAGCGGUCGACGUCUGAGCAAAAAAACGUGCCAGGAGUGCAAGUGCCCGCGGGAAACGCACGCCGUGUAUCAUGAACAGUUGACGACGGUACGGGAACGGCUCGGCUUUAAGCAUGACACAAACACGUCCCGGGUGGAUCCACGCCAGAUGGGCUACACCUGGGUACCCCCAGGCAUUCUAACGUCAGCCAAGAUUCAGCGAUACUUUGAUGUGAUACCACCGGAGAAGGUACCCAAAAUAGGCACACAAGGUGAACGGUUCCGUGACAAGCAGCUGGUGUAUCAGUUGCCAAAGCAGGAUCUUGCGCUCGACUACUGCAAGCACGUGGAGGAACAGAAUCGUGGCUCGUACGAAGAUUUUGUUGCGGCCAGAAACGAGAUUGCGCUAGAUAUUGGCUACGUCAAAGACACGCCACAGGCAACAAAAUGUGCCGGUUGCAGCGACGCGCUCAACCAGGGCGAAAUGGCUGUGACUGCACCGAAGUUCCGGGAACAAACGCUCUGGCACCCGCGCUGCUUCAAAUGUACGACCUGUGAUGAGCUGCUGGUCGAUCUGACCUACUGCGUGCACGACGACCAGAUCUACUGCGAGCGACAUUACGCGGAAAUGCUGAAGCCACGGUGCAGUGCCUGCGACGAGCUUAUUUUCAGUGGCGAGUACACCAAAGCCAUGUCGAAGGACUGGCAUUCGGGUCAUUUCUGCUGCUGGCAGUGCGACGAAAGCCUAACCGGCCAGCGGUACGUGCUGCGGGACGAGCACCCGUACUGCAUCAAGUGCUACGAGAACGUGUUCGCCAACGUGUGUGAGGAAUGCAACAAGACCAUCGGCAUUGACUCGAAGGAUCUCUCGUACAAGGAUAAGCACUGGCAUGAGGCGUGCUUCCUGUGCAACAAAUGCCGCAUCUCGCUGGUGGACAAACAGUUUGGCUCGAAGGCGGACAAGAUCUACUGUGGCAACUGUUACGAUGCCCAGUUUGCGUCCCGUUGCGAUGGUUGCGGUGAAAUCUUCCGUGCAGGCACGAAGAAGAUGGAGUACAAAACCAGACAAUGGCACGAGAAGUGUUUCUGCUGCUGCGUGUGCAAAACCGCAAUCGGCACGAAAUCGUUUAUUCCUCGCGAGCAGGAAAUUUACUGUGCUGGCUGCUACGAGGAAAAGUACGCCACCCGAUGCAUCAAAUGCAAGAAGAUCAUCACUAGCGGCGGUGUAACGUACAAGAACGAACCGUGGCACCGUGAGUGUUUCACGUGUACGCACUGCCAGGUGUCGCUAGCCGGCCAGCGCUUUACCAGCCGCGACGAGAAACCGUACUGUGCCGAAUGUUUCGGUGAGCUGUUCGCGAAGAGAUGCACCUCCUGUACCAAGCCCAUCACUGGCAUUGGUGGUACGCGCUUCAUCUCGUUCGAGGAUCGCCACUGGCACAACGAUUGCUUCAUCUGUGCCAUGUGCAAAACGUCGCUGGUUGGGCGCGGUUUCAUCACCGACGAGCAGGACGUCAUCUGUCCCGAGUGCGCCAAGCAGAAGCUGAUGUAA